UUGAACUUGUACUUGAAUCACCACUCCUCGCGUUCUCCGUAGCGACCCUUUGGUUCGCUCAACGACAUCUGGGAACCAUUUAUUUGGAUUCAGGGCUAUUUUCUGCCUUAGUGGCACUACCGACCUCGCGGGGGGCGCCGUGACGCCGAGAUGUACUCCAAGCUUACUCCUUAUGCUUCGCCGCCUCCGUUACGCUCUUUAUUGCUCAAGAGUCCCUCAGAUGCGGUACCUCCAACCGAUGAUCUUAAGGGCCUUGAGUCUGAGCUCAAAAUAUUGCGUCAAAAGCUCAUCGAGCGAAGCAAAAAGGCGAGCGACGACAUGCGGACUAUCGAGGAAUCUAUGCGCCGUAUGAAGGAGAUUGAGAAAGGAAAGGCCAAAUCCAUUGAGAAAGUCAAGCGAGAACGCGACUUCACUCCUCUUCCCGACGCGGACGAAUCUAGAUUAUCAUCAUCACUUUCGGGGAAGCCCAGACUACCCUCUCUUCCAUUACAAGCCGGUCCAUCUUCCUCACGGUCUUCUUUGGACCCUCGAAGCACCCUCGACGAGAACAAGAAGAAGAAGAAAAGGAAGCGGGAAUACGAUGAAAGUGAUCUUGAAUCAUCUUCCCAGCGACCUCGAAAGGGCACGCCACCCGUACUUAACCAUCCUCCUCCUCCACCGAAAGCUCAGAAAUCUGUUCCUUCUGUCCCCAGCAAGCCCCAAACGGGCCCCGAUUUCACUGUACCUCAACCAAACGCUUUGUUACCUCAACGACCUCCGAUACCACCGCCUCCUAUACCAGGACCCAGUACACCUACUGAUGUAACGGAUGAUUUUAGUAAACUAAAGCAACCGCCGCAAACUUUGACCACCACAUUCUACACCUACAUUGAACCAUGGAUACGGAACAUACGAGAAGAGGACAUUGGAUUUCUCGAGCAUACUGGAGAUGAGGUCGAGCCGUACGUCAUGCCCAAGUUAGGGCGACAUUAUACCACUGUCUGGGAGGAGCAGGACAUCGGACUUCUGCCGCCUGCCGAUCAGGAUGCAUUACCAGAAAUCUUCCAACCGCCUGUGCCAAAGUGGGAUCCGUCGACACUGAUGGAGACAGAGUGUCUUGUAGAAGAGAAGGGGCAUGGGUUGCUGACUGAGCGAGUGAUUAGUGCGUUGUUGCCUAUGGAGAACAACGAAUGGAAGGGAGUGAAGGCUGCCGAGGAUGCGAUGGAAGGGAGACCAGGAGGGAGUGGAGCUGCUGCUGCACGAAAGGAGAAAUUGAGCGUUUCUGACCUUGAGACGCGAAUACGUGAUACGAUGCGAUAUCAUGGUCUACUCAACGAGAUUCCGGAUUAUACCGAGAAGGUUGAUGAUCCCAUAGCUACUGCCCUACGACACGCUCAGCGUGAGCUCCGUACCGUGGUAGCUACGAACAAAGCACGCAAGGCCCGUUUAGUAGACAUCGCGCGCGAUCGCUUGGGAUACCAAGAAUAUGUUGAGCUGCGCGAGUCGAUAGACAAGAACAUCAGUAACAUGUACAGCAAGCUGCAGGGCAAGGAUAUGCCCAAGUUGGGGAAGAAGAAGAAGAAGUCGAUUGAUGAGACGAACCCUAUGGCGCUACCGCCUUGUCCUGCAGCCCUGGGAUUGGGACCGGAUGAGAAAAAUCAUUUGGUGGUAGCGAAGCAGCUGAAGCAGUUGGUCGAUACGAGGAGGCAGUGGGUGGAUACCGUGGGGAAGGUGUUUGAGAAGAAGCAGGAGGAGCAUCCUGGGAGGAUUUGGGGGGUACCGAAGACGAGUAUCUAUGAGGGUGUCGAGGAGGAGGUUCGGGCUGCGUUGGCGAAUAACCCGACGGAGACAACGCGGACUAGUAAUAUUAAAGGUAAAGGGAAGGCUGGGGAUGCUAUGGAUGUUGGAUGACACUGGUUUCUUCUCUUUCGCGGUGCGAGGUUGCUUUCCGUUACUCAUUAUAUCUUAUUAUUUCACUGCAAGUGCGCUGUAACUUUUUUAACACUCUCAACUACUUGGGCUUUUGGGGUGGGCCAGGGACAAUUGGCCAGGAAUACAUGGCUAGCUUCUAGAAUCUACUAAGCCUAAGUUGUAACUUCAUUAUUGGAAAGUCAGAAAAUAAAAACCACCAAAUAUCC